AUGGAGGGAAUUAAGGUGUACACGCCGGACCCGGAGCACGUGUGGCUGCCCGGCGUCAUCUGCGCUGCCUCGGGCGACGGCAAGCAGCUCACCGUGCGGCUGGACGAGGUGGUGGGGCCCCGCGACGAGGCGGCGCUGGAGCGCAUCGAGUCGGAGCGCGAGCUGAAGGCGCUGGCCGGCUCGCAGCGCGCCGUGGACCUGACGGACAGCGCCCUGCUGGAGGCGCUCAACGCCAAGAACACGUCGGUGGAGUCGGGGGACAACAAGCCGUCGCUGCCGCUGCAGAACUCGAGCGAGAGCGCCAACAAUGGCUUCGAGGACAUGAUCCUCAUCGACCACUUGCACGAGGCCUCCAUCCUCUAUAACCUCCGGAGGAGGUUCUUCCGGCAAUUGCCAUACACGUACACGGGGCGCAUCUGCAUCGCCGUGAACCCGUACCAGUGGCUGGACCUGUACUCGAAGCAGACGAUGGACAAGUUCAGCGACGGCAAGCGCGAGAACAAGGCCCCGCACGUGUACGCCGUGUCCAUGGAGGCCUUUUUCAACAUGCGGCAGAAGCAGGAGAACCAGAGCAUCCUCGUGUCGGGCGAGUCGGGCGCCGGCAAGACGGAGACGACCAAGAUCGUCAUGAGCCACCUGGCCGCGCUGGCCACCAAUUCCAACUCCAAGGUCAUCCAGCAGAUCAUCCAGGCCAACCCGCUGCUCGAGUCCUUCGGCAACGCCAAGACUGUGCGCAACGACAACUCGAGUCGCUUCGGCAAGUUCACGGAGCUGCAGUUCACGCUCGAGGGCCAGCUCAUCGGCGCGCGCUCGCGCACGUACCUGCUCGAGAAGAGCCGCGUGACGACGCAGGCGGACGGCGAGCGCAACUUCCACAUCUUCUACCAGCUGCUGGCGCAGCGCAAGCAGUUCCCGGACCUCGAGCUCGACAUGGUCGACUCGUUCAAGUACGUCUCCACUAGGGCCGAGGCCCCCGGCGGAGACGAGGAGGGAGAUCUCAGCAGGACGCGUGAGGCGCUCGAGGUCGUGGGCAUCGAGCAGCCGCUGCAGCAGGAGAUCAUGCAGAUCCUGGGCGCCGUGCUGCACCUCGGAGAGACCGAGUUCACCACGCGCAACGGAGACGUGGACGCUUCGCAGCUCGUGGACCUCAAGCACUUCACCGUGGCCUGUCGCCUGCUUGGCGUGGAGGUCGAAGCGCUCGAGCGCGCCGUGUGCAACCGCAACGUGUUUGUCGGCCGCGAAGUCAUCCUGAAGCCCAUGACGCAGGACCAGGCCGCCGACUGCCGUGACGCGCUGGCCAAGAGCUUGUACUCGAAGCUGUUCCUGUGGCUGGUGGAGCAGAUCAACGAGACGAUCGGCGUCAAGACCAAAGGCGCGGGCUCGUUCAUUGGCAUUCUGGAUAUCUUCGGCUUCGAGCACUUCGAAACCAACUCGUUCGAGCAGUUCUGCAUCAACUACGCCAACGAGAAGCUGCAGCAGAAGUUCGUGCAGGACGUGCUCAAGACGGUGCAGAUCGAGUAUGAGGAGGAGAAUAUUACGUGGUCCCACAUUACUUUCGCAGACAACCAGGACGUGCUGAAUCUCAUCGAAGGCCGCCUGGGUGUCAUCAGCUUCCUGAACGAAGAAUCGCUGCUGGCCACGGGCACGGACGCGUCGUUCGCGAGCAAACUGGGGGCGGUGAUGGAGAACAACCCGCUGCUGGAGACGCCGCGGCUGAACAAGUGCGCCUUCUCUAUCUACCACUACGCUGGCAAGGUGACCUACGACGCGUCAGGCUUCCUCGACAAGCACCGUGACGCCAUCUUGCCGGAUAUCAAGCAGUGCAUGAGCAAGUCGAAGCUGACUAUUCUGUCCAAGAUGUUCACGGACGACGUGAACGCGAGCAGCGCCAACAGUGCCGCUCCUUCAUCUCGUAGCCGGUCGCGUAGCAGCAACAAGAAGGGAGGUCACGCGCAGACGCGCCGCACUACAGUGGGCACCCAGUUCAAGGAGAGUCUGUCCCAGCUCAUGGAGAAGAUCGGACUCACGGAGGUGCACUAUGUGCGUUGUCUGAAGCCCAACCCGCUCAAGAGCGCCAACUGCUUCUCGCACGGGGACAUCGUGAGCCAGCUACGUUGCGCCGGUGUCAUCGAGGCCAUCCGCGUCUCUCGCAGUGCGUACCCGAGCCGAAUGCCGCACCUGGAGUGCAUCAAGAAGUUCCGCGUGCUACUGACGGGUGCCGUUCCCACGCAGGGCAAGUUCAUCAACGAGUCGGACCCGGAUAUCAAGUCCAAGUGCGAGGACUUGAUGGACAAGCUUCUGCCUGGACGCAACAUCCAGGACUACCAGGUGGGUCUGACCCGCGUGUACUUCCGCGAAGGCGUACUGGAAGAGCUGGAGACCAAGCGGGGUUGGGCGCUCCGCAAGUACGCCAUCGUGCUGCAGAAGAACGUGCGCUGCUGGCUGAUGCGGCGGCUCUUCCUGCGGCAAAAGCAGCAGAUUGUGGUGAUUCAGAAGUACUGGCGUCGCUACGUGGUGCACAAGCGCUACCUUACGCUGCGCCGAGGCGUGGUGUUGCUCCAGGCCCAAGUGCGCGGCAUGUCGGCUCGCAAGAUGUACCGCGUGCUCAAGUUCGACUACUGCAUCGUGCGGUUCCAGGCGUACUGCCGCAUGCACACGGAGCGCCAGCGCUACUUGAAGACGCUGGCGGCUGUGAGGCGGCUGCAGGGUUUCUUCCGCUUCUCACUACUGCGUCUCGUGUUCCUGCGUAAGAUGGAGAAGGAGAAGGCCUACAAGGAGCUGGGCUCCAAGGUGGCGCAGCUCCAGAUGAAGUUGGACAGGAAGCAGGUGCACACGGGAGCGAAAAUGUCACCGUCAGGGAAGAACCGGUCACCUAGUCCAUCGGACGCGCCGCACGCGUCGGGAUCCGGCAGCGAGCGCGGCACGAACAGCAGCAGCUCAACGCGGGGCUCGAUGCUCAACAGUCGCUUCAGCGGCACCAGCGGCAUACUGGAUGAGAGCCACGAAGUGAUCACCGCGCUCCACGAAGAAAACGAGAAGCUGCGCCAGCAGCUCGAGAAGCAGGAGGCCGAGAUCCAGCGGCUAAAGACCGAGAACCGCACGCUCAAGAACUGGCAGCAGUCCAAGGAGGUGGGCGAGCAGGUGCAGAAGCUGGCGCACCGCGACCAGGAGAGCAAGGACCUGACGUACCUGGCAGCGAUCGAGUCGGAGUACGAGAAGCUGCGCUCGUACAUCUGCGAGACGCGCGAGCUUCCUACCGACAUUGGCAGCAUCACUCAGGCAAACCAAGCGGCGCCCGCUACUGGUGGCGGCCGCGGCUCGCUGACCUCGCUCUCGUCCGAUAAGUCUCUGCUGGCCACGGCGGCGGCUAACGGCAUCAUGGACCAGAAGUCGGCCGAGGCGCACCACUUGCUGCUGAAGAGUGCCGCGCGCAUCGCCCACGCCAAGAGCAAGGUCUCGAGCAAGGGCAACGCGCGCCGCGUGAAGGACCACUGGGAGGAGAUCCGCAACUACCCGCCGCCCAUGCACUACACGCUGGGCUCGGUGCCCUGGAAGCGGCUGCUCACGGACUGGGCGCAGGGCAACCCGAAGAAGCUAGACUACAUGACGCGGUGGCUCAAGAACGUGCUGGACGGCGGCCCCAUUGUGUCGGACACGUUCCCCAUGGGCGUCGAGCUCAAGUACGUGACGCCCAUGAUGCUGGACGGAUUUAUGCAGCUCGUGAUCCCCAAGCUCGCGGAGCGGCCAGAUAUCCAGGUGCACGUGCACACGAAGGAGUUUAUUGGAACGAGCAUGCGGAUCACGCUAUCGCAGCUGGAGCAGCAGGGUAGUCAACGCGCGUCGUCCGCGCACCCGCGCGUAGAACGCUCCCCGCCCAUGGAGGUCGAGGACUUCCAGCGCAUCUCGAUCCUCGCCAAUUCGAAUAGCCGGAAUUCCAGCAGCCGCAUGUCCGCGUCCACGCUGAGUCUGUCCCCGAUGGAGUCGAGCUCGGCCAUCUCGUCGGGCAGCCCGAGCAGCUACCGCUCGAGUAUCUUCCGCUCCGGCCGCAGCAACCACAGCGGCGAGCACAGCGGCGCGCGUAACUCGUUCUUCCAUCGCAACAAGUAG